GGAUAGUCUAGCGUCACAAAUUUGUGCCUGCAAAUAGUUGCAUGCCUGUCCACCGCUAUCGACGAUACACUGUAAUUUCCUCGUAUGCUUUUUAUUGCAUUAAUUACGCAUCCUGUGUUCUCUCCUUUUUCUCGAAGAAUCGCAUCGUUGCUCGAGUGACCUCAGCGCCGAGCAACCAGCUUUCGCCACGCGUCCUACAAUUUUAUCGUGACGUACGUUGACAACAUGUCAAAAAUGGCAGAUUCUACGCCCAGUAAGGCAGAAAUCGAGGAAAUUUUCAAGAGACUACGGGCCAUUCCAACCAAUAAGACAUGUUUUGAUUGUAACGCGAAGAAUCCAGCAUGGGCCAGCGUGACGUAUGGAGUCUUCUUGUGCAUCGACUGUUCGGCGGUGCAUCGUGGCCUGGGCGUGCAUCUCACCUUUGUCAAAUCUACCCAACUUGACACAAAUUGGACAUGGUUGCAUCUCAGAAAUAUGCAACUGGGUGGUAAUGCCAAUGCUAGAAAAUUCUUUACACAACAUAAUUGUACCACAACUGAUGCUCAGCAGAAAUAUAAUUCGCGUGCGGCUAUGAUGUACAGGGAAACAUUAAAUCAAGCAUCUGCUAAAGCAAUGCAUCGUUACGGUACAAAGGUUUUCCUUUCUACGUCAAAAAAUAAAACAAUGCUGCAUUUAGAUGAAAGCACAGAGAUAGUGCCAGAAGAAACAAACGAGCCAGAUUUCUUUAAACAACAUGAAAAUUUAGAUUUGCACGAAAACAAAACAGUAAUUUCAAUAGAAGAAAAGGCAUUCCUCACAUCUAAUACUGUGCCAAACAUUGAUAAUGCAGAAAAAAAAGCAGAAUCAGAAAUUAUUUCCAAUUCUUUGGGACCUUCCAUAAAGCCUUUCGAUCCUAUCUCAAAUGUACAAACUGCAAGGAAACCUACUAUAGGCUGCAGGACUGCACAAGCCAAACGUCCUGGUGGUUUGGGAAAAAAAACUGGCAGUUUAGGAGCUCAAAGAGUGAAGACCAAUUUUGAUGAAUUAGAAAAGAGCGUUGCAGAAGCACGUAAACAAGCACAAGAAAAAGAUAAGGAAGUUACGAAAGAAGAGCAAGAGGAGCUCGCCACGCGUUUAGCACAGCGGUACGAGCAAAAUUUAACUCAACAAGCCAAGAAAGUGGAAGAGAGAACGAAGCAAUUAGAUCCGUUAAAAGCUACACAGGCAGAACGGCUUGGAAUGGGAUUUAAUGCACGGAGUGGUGCCAGUCACUCUGCUCUUGGUGACAUGAAGACAAUAACACAAGAGUCCAAAAUUAUAGCGUCAACACCGGAAGUGGUGUCAGGGGAUACGGACUUUUUUUUUGCCUUAGAUGAAUUUUACUCAGCUUACGCUAACAACAAAUCGUCUUCGCGCAGUGAUGAAGUUGUGGUAGUGGCGGAACCGGAACCGCCUAAACGACUGGUCCCCACGAGUCGUAUCAUAAACGCUAAGAGUGACGCGAAACCUUCGUCUACUAUCGAGGGAGAAGCUCAAAAAAAGUUUGGUAGCGCCAAGGCCAUUAGCUCGGAACAAUAUUUUCAAGAUAGUACUUCCGACAAUGUAUGGGAACGUAAGAAUAAUUUACGUCGCUUCGAGGGCUCAUCUAGCAUUUCGUCGGCUGAUUAUUUCGGUACCGAAAAUUCGACGUUGACUUCGCCCACACCUUCGUUGUCUAUGCGUCUAGCUGCGGGAAGAGCCGGUGUCGUAGAUCUUGACGAUGUCCGAGAGAGUGUGCGUCAAGGUGUAAACAAAGUUGCCGGAAGACUCAGCUCGCUUGCAAAUGCGGCUGUUUCUUCUAUACAAGAUCGUUAUGGACUUUAAACGAAAUUUUUUUGCGUCUCACGAAAAUUGUUAUAAUAUCUAUUAUCCGGACCCAGUCUUGUCCAUUGUUCAGAAUUGUAAAUAAAAGCUUAUAAUUGAGCUUUUGCAUAACUUA